UAUGUACUUUCUCUGAAUUUGCCGGUAAUUUAAUUUAAGUAUUUUUAUUAGGUCUUUCUGAUCUGUGAUUUUCGCUCCCAAACUGAAACAACUCCCAAAAACAUCUCGGGAUAACGCAUAUUUGCUUAGUUUAAAUAUUUAAUUUAUAGAAUCCCAGUCACUCUUAAUAAACUACGCACUAACAUUUACCGGUGCCGGUUUUACAUAAAAUUCGUUAUUAAAAUUACUACAGUAGUUGUUAAUAACCGUGCUUAUUGAUAAACUGGAAAUGGCGCCAAGAACUGCCAAGACAAAGAAAACAGACAGCAAAACCCUUGAAAAUGAAGUGCCAAAACAGGGUCGCAACAAAGGGAAAAUUACUGAAGUACCCAUGAUAAAUCUGAAAGAUCAAGUUGAUAUACAUGAAAAACCUACAGUAGUGUCGGAAAAGAAGACAAAACGCGGUAAAAGAAAAGCAGCCAAUUCACUUGAACAGGAUAAAAUUAAUGACAUAAUUGAAGAAACCGCACCGCCUUCUAAAAAAGGUAAAAAAGGGGCUGAACUUAAGACAUCUGAAGAAAAACCUGCUAAUGAGAUUGUUGUAAAUGCGUUAGUACAUGACCAAAAUGGUGACUAUAAUGGAGCUAAUGGGGAUACAGAUGAAAUAGCCAGUGUCAACACUGAUAAAGGUAAGAAAAGGACUAAAAAAGAAUUGGCAUCAGAAGAAACUGAAGUCAAACCAAAAGAUAAUGGAAAAAGUAGAAAAAAUACUAAAAAAGAAAAGAUUAAUGAUGGUGAAACAGAGGAAGUACAAGCAGAAGAUAAAUCUACUGCCAAAAGGAGAGGCCGUAAACCUCAAACCAAAGUUGACGAGGAUACUAAACCAGAAAAAAAUGUUGAAACUAUUGAAGAAGAGGUGAAAUUUGAGCUUCCGGUUAAAAGCAAAAAAAGAGGAGCCAAAGCACCUAUUAAAGAAAAUAAUGGAGAUAGUGAUAAAAAUGAAUCUCAGGAAUAUAAACCAAUUGAAGAAAAUAAAAAGAAGGAAACUAAAGCUAGAAAAGGUCAAGGAAAGAAAGCACAGGGUAAAGAGGAGGUGAAAGAAAAAGAGGAGGACGUAAAAGAAAAGGAAAAUGAACCUGCACCUAAACAAAAAAAAGUAAAGAAAGAAAAAAAAGGUAAAGGUGAUGAGAAAGAAGAAAUACAAGAAGAGAAUGGAAUUGCAGAAGUGAAACCUGCUAAGGGAAAGCGAGCAGCAAAGAAUAAAUUAGCUGAAAUCGCAAGUCCUACUGAAGAUGAAUCUCAAGACACAGGCGAACCAAAGAAGAAGAAAAGGGCUAUUGGCAUAACAGAGGACGCUAAAAAGAAACCAUCACCUAAAAAUAAAGCAACUACCGAUUAUGUAGCUUUAGAUUUUUCAAACUCAUGUAAAAAUGCACAAGGUAAAGACUGGAAUUAUAAGAUAGCCAGUUGGAAUGUCGACGGCAUAAGAGCUUGGCUAUCUAAAGGUGGCCUGGACUAUAUACAGCACGAGAAACCAGAUAUUUUAUGCCUACAAGAAAUAAAAUGUUCCCGGGACAAAUUACCUAAUGAAGUCACCAACUUGCCAGGUUACCACGCUUAUUGGCUGUGUAGUGACAAAGAUGGGUAUGCGGGCGUAGGAAUUUAUACAACUAAAUUAGCAAUGAACGUGACAUAUGGCUUACAAAACGAGGAUCUGGAUAGUGAAGGUCGUAUAAUAACAGCUGAAUACGAACACUUCUAUUUGAUUUGUACUUACGUCCCUAAUGCUGGCCGCAAUCUAGUCACACUUCCUAAGAGACUGCAAUGGAAUGAGGAAUUCCGUAAAUAUGUUAAUGAGUUAGACAAGAAGAAACCUGUUAUAAUAUGCGGAGAUAUGAACGUAGCGCAUAACGAAAUAGAUUUGGCAAACCCCAAAACAAACAAAAAGAACGCUGGAUUCACAAUAGAGGAGCGCACUGGAAUGACAGACUUACUGGGUGAUGGCUUCGUGGAUACGUACCGACACCUGUAUCCGGACAAAACGGGCGCUUACACUUUCUGGACAUACAUGAUGAAUAGUAGGUCCAAAAAUGUUGGAUGGCGUCUGGAUUACUUCAUAGUAUCUCAAAGGAUCUUACCGUCACUUUGCGACAACGUAAUAAGGGGCAGUGUUUAUGGCAGUGACCACUGUCCAAUUUCACUAUUUCUACAUCUUAGCAGUGCUGAGAAACCAAAAUAAUUCAAUUAAUAAAUCUUAUGUUUAAAGACUAUGGACAACUCAUGUUGAGAUAUUUUUUUUGUACAGUUGUUCUUUUUUGAUUUGUGAUAGACAUGAUGUCAUUUUUGAUUUUGUUUGAAAUAAUAAAGCAUUCUUGAUUAUUA